UUCACAGAACAAAUCCCUUUAAUAAAAGGAUUUGUUCAGCAAAACUUGGAUUCAGUCAAAAGGCAGCACCUAGACUCUAGGCCAUAGAGCACUGAGAUGUGAAGUGACUUCCUGGCCCUGGAAGGCCAGUUUGGGGGUAGAUAGAGAGCACCUUUUCGUGCCAAGGAACUUUAUGCUUUACACCAUUGCUAAAUCACUCACAUCUUUCUGGCAUACAAACAAUGGUAUAGCAUGUCUUUUUCCAAUGACAUUCAUACAUUUUUGGUACCUUCUAUGUAUGGGGAAUUAUAGCACAUACAUAGAAAAAUAAGAUUGUCUCCUCCCUUGUAGAGUUUACCAAUCAAGUAAAAUGAAUAUACUUUUCAGCUCUGGAUAGUGUGGGUGUGGUAGGAGGUAUAAUCAGUUUGUAUAAUAUUUGUCAUGUAUAUUUCUACAUAGAGACAAUAUGGCUUAGUGUUAAAAGCACUGUCCCAGUAGUACAGAGAUCUGUGUUUAAGUCCUAGGUCUAAUAAUUUACUUGUCUGGCCAUGGUUAAGUCAGUUAACCUUACUGAAUCUCAGUUUCUUCAUCUGUAUAAUGCAGGUAAAUAAGAUUUGUACUACCUAGUUGAUAGGGUAGUUGUACAGAUACUGUUCUGUCAUUAAAACACCAUAUAGCUAUGAUCUGUUGUGUGAAUUUGAGCCAAUACUGAGAGCUUAACACCUUGCUUAAUUUACUAUUUCAUUGCUGUCUGCUACUCACUUUUUGGGUCAUUUGUAUGUCUACAUCUCUAUAGAGCCUUGAGGUCUGAAGAUAUGACUGGAGUUCCUUGAUACCUCCAGCUAACCAUUAUACAUAUACCCUCAGCUUUACCCAGAAAUGUAUGCGGAUAUUCAGGCUGAGCCUGGAGAGAACUGACUCUGCUGGGAAUGCAGAUUUGAAGUCCAUUGUGAUAGUCCCAAUAGAAAGAUGCUGGCCCUGAAUAACAUGACCAUCUCCUUGAACCCUCAAAACUUGAAUGUACAAGAACAAAACAGAGUCCUGAAAGUAGAUACUUCUGUUGAUCAGGUAAUCGCCCUAGGAAGAGAGAAAAAAUUUAAUUCAGAGGCUUCUCGCCAGAGCUUCAGAUGUUUUCCAUACCCAGAGAAAGCUGGACCCCGUGAGGCUGUGAGCCAGCUCUGGGAACUGUGCCUUCAGUGGUUGAGGCCAGAGAUUCACUCAAAGGAACAGAUCCUGGAGCUGCUGGUGCUGGAGCAAUUCCUGACCAUCUUGCCCAGUGAGAUCAGGAUUUGGGUGAAGUCACAGCGUCCAGAGAAUAUUGAGGAAGUGGUCUGCUUGGUGGAAGAUUUGACCCAAACCCUUGAGGAAGAAGCUUCAUACUCUUGUGAUUCUUCUCUUCUUCAAGAAGAAAGCACAGAGAAGGAAGAAAUGUUCCCAGUAACCAAUUUUCUGGAAUCAGUGACUUUCAAGGAUGUGGCUCCUGACUUCACUUGGGAAGAGUGGGAGCAAUUGGAACCUGUUCAACAAGACCUCUGCAGGGAUGUGCUGUUGGAGAACUAUAGGAACUUAGUUUUUCUUGGGCUUUCAACUUCCAAACCAAAUGUGACCUCCCAGAUAGAACAUAUGAAAGUGCCGUGGAUGAGGGAGAGUGAAGCUCCAAGAGGCAUCAGUCUAUAUUGGGAUACUGGACCUGAAGCUAAGGAGUUAUUUCCAAAGUGGAAAACUUCUGUAGCAGAGUCAUCUCAGGGAGAGACAAUAAAAGGACAUAGCUCCUGGAACUUUGAACUGGGAGAAGCCUUCAAAUGUUAUGACAUGUUGGUGAGGCAACAAAGCCAACAGGAAAAUCAUUUGAAGCUAGGAACAAUCACUCAUGAGGAAAAUCUAAACAAGGUUAGAGGUUCUAAAAGCAGUGAAUUUGAGAGAAGCUUCAAUCUGAGCUCAAUGCUGAUUACACAACAGAGAAUUCCUUUAGUAAGUAGUCUCUCUACAUAUGAUAUACAUGGCAAGAGCUUCAAAGAUAAUUCAGAACUAUCUGAAUGUUCACGAAUCUAUGCAGAAGAGAAAUCUUUGAAGUAUAAAGGAUUUGGGAAAGUUUUCAGCCAGGAUUUACAAUUUAAUCUCCAUCAUGCUCGUCAUUCCAGAGAGAAAUCCUAUAAAUGUAAUGAAUGUGGGAAAGCCUUCACCAAGUGGGCAAACCUUACUCGACACCAAAGAAUUCAUUCUGGAGAAAAACCCUUUAAGUGUAAUGAAUGUGGGAAAGCUUUCACCCAGAGGGCUCAGCUUACUCAACAUCAACUUACUCAUAGUGGAGAGAAACCAUUUAAGUGUUAUGAAUGUGGAAAAGCCUUCACCCAAAGGGCACACGUAACUCAACACCAACUUACCCAUAGUGGAGAAAGACCCUAUAAAUGUAAUGAAUGUGGUAAAGCCUUCACCAAUCGAGGAAUACUUACUGAUCAUCAGAGAAUUCAUUCUGGAGAGAAACCCUAUAAAUGCAAUGAAUGUGGGAAGGCCUUUACCAAGAGGGGAAUACUUACUCAACAUCAGAGAAUUCAUUCUGGAGAGAAACCCUAUAAAUGUAAAGAAUGUGGGAAAGGUUUCAAUCGGAGUACACACCUUACUCUACACCAACACACUCAUAAUCAAGAGAAACCAUUUAAGUGUAAUGAGUGUGGGAAAGCUUAUAGCCAGAUUUCACAGCUAAAUACUCAUCAAAAAGUUCAUUCUGUAGAGAAACCCUAUAAAUGUAAUGAAUGUGGGAAAGCCUACAGUCAGAUUUCACAGUUUAAAAUUCAUCAAAGAAUUCAUUCUGGAGAAAAACCCUAUAAGUGUAAUGAAUGUGGGAAGGGCUUUAACCGGAAGACACACCUUACACGACAUCAGAGGAUUCAUACUGGAGAGAAAAACCUCUUCCCCAAAGUAGGGACUUAAUGAAUGUUUGUUGAAUUGAAAUUGAAUUGAAAUGCCAUGUUGGAUUCUACAUAGCCUAUGAAUAACAGCAUUGCCAUAAUUUAAAAGGCUCGCUACCCUUCAAAAAAGAAAAUAUUAGUCUUGCAUGCUUGGUGAAGCCAUGCUGAACUUUUAAUCAUUUCUACUUCCCUGUUCUUUUUUAUUAAUUUUACAAACACAUACUUUUCCAACUACAAAGAAAAAAAAAUUGUAUACAAUACUGCAAGUCAAGUAUAUAUUAAAUUUAACAUUGCAUUACUAUCACAGCCCUUUGUGUCUUGUGUCCCUUUCUGUCUUCUCUCUAUUUUUUUCUAAUAUUUUCCUGAUGUGCUUGUCUUUUUUCUCUUCUCUCUCUUUUUUUUUUUUUGGCAUCAUCACUACUGUUUCACUUGUUCCAGUUCACCCACCCGAAAUAAAAGCCUUCCCUUAUAUAAAGUAUAGUCAAGCAAAAUAAAUCCAUACAUUGUCCAUAUUUAAAAAUGUUUGUCUUAUUCGGUAUUUCUAUUCAUCAUCUUGUUGCCAAGGUGACACUUCAUUCUGCACCAGCUCAUCCAAAUCUUCCCAGGUUUCUCUGAAUCUUUACCUUUUGUCAUUUAUUAUAUCUCAGUAAUAUUCUAUUACAUUCCAUAUGAAUUUUCCAUUUCAUCUUUAAUUUCCCAUCUUAUGUUACAGUAAAGAAUGCUACUAUAAAUAUUUUUGUAUAUAUGAGUCAUUUUCAACUUUCUUUGAUCUCUUCUUUUUAUAUGCAUAGUAGUGGUAUUUAUUUAAUGGCUUCUUGGGUAUAAAUCCAAAUUGCUUUCCAGAAUGGUUAGACAAAUUCACAGGUCCACUGAGAGCAUAAUAGAAUGCCUCUUUUCCUGCAGCUCCUCCUACAGUUGUCAUUUUCUUUUUUUUGGUCAUCUUUGCUAAUUUAAUGGAACUAAAGUGGAACCUCAAAAUUGUUUUAAUUUUCAUUUUUCUUAUUAGAUUUAGAUUUACUAGUUCAGAUUUAGAGGUUUUUUUUAUAUUGUGUUGAUCUUUUGAGAAGCACCUUUUCUUGGGUUGGUCUUUUUUUUUUAAUUGGGGAAUGACUCUUGUUCUUAUGUAUUAAUUAUAAUUCCUUAUAUCCAUGGGAUAGCAGACCUUUAUCAGGAAAAUGUCUAUCAAAGAUGGUUUUUCCCCAUUCAACUAUUUUCCUUCUAAUUCUAACUGGGUUGAUUUUUGUAGAAAGUUUUCAAUUGUACAUAUUAAAGUUAUAUAUUUUAUAAUAACGAUUCAUUUGGAAGAACAAAAGGUCCAGAAUA